CCCUCCGGGGCCGCUCGCCGUCACCGCCCGCCCCCCCUCACCCCCGACCUGCAGAAUGUCAACAACUCGGCCCAGCGGCGCACUGCCCUGCUGGACUACGAGAACCUGCCGGCGCUGCCGCCAGUGUGGGAGGCCAGGAAGCCGAGCUCGGAGGACGAGGAGAAUGGCGGCAGCAGCGGCCUCAAGACGCCGUCGCUCAACGGUUUCAACCACCAUGCCCACCACGGCCUGCUCCACCACUCCUACUCCCACCCGCUGUCCGCUGCCCUUGAGUCCUCGCACAACUACGUCAACACGGAGAACGUCACGGCGCCCCUCAGCGCCCACCGGCCCGAGACGGCCCGGCGCCGCGCCGAUGGACCCACCAUCUUCAACUUUGACUUCCGCCGGCCGCCGCUGCCGGGUC